CUCUGGUAGUCUGCUGCGGGACCAGGACAGACAGCUGAGGGGGGCCUGAAUGUCCAACCGGGACGGUCGGUGGACUACCGCGAACUCACACGCACGAUUCACAGGGCUUCAAAAUUGACUGAUGAGCAGCCAGUAGGAUCAGGGUUGGGUUACACUGACUGGCACAGCGGGUCAGCAGUGCCAGACAAGACGAUUGGAGGACAGAAGACAUAGUUGCAGAACUGCUGGUGGUUGACUAGAGGUUAGCCUUAGCAUACUUGUGGCAGCAGAGAGGAAGAAGGAGGGCUUGGCGAUGGUCACAGCUAUGGAAGAUGCCUGUCCCAAUGGGGUACGGGAGGAGAAGGAGGAGGUGACGCCCCCGGGACAGCCUGGCGUGGAGGGGCCCCCAGCAGUGCAGUCCACCCAGGAAGCAGAUGCGUCUGGAGCCAUGCAGCAGGUGUUAGAUAAUCUGGUUGAGCUGCCCACCUCCACGGGCGCCAAAGACAUCGACCUGCUCUUCCUGCGCGGCAUCAUGGAAAGUCCAAUUGCCCAUGAACAGCUGGAGGAAGUGAAGCUGGAGGCGGUGCAGGACAACAAUGUGGAGCUGGUGACGGACAUCCUGGGAGACAUCAACAAUCUCAAGGUGAAAGACGACAGCGCGGCCGAAUUAUCCAGGAUCCUCCAGGAGCCGCACUUCCAGUCUCUUUUGGAGGCACAUGACAUGGUGGCCUCUAAGUGCUAUGAAGUCCCGCCCCCGACUGAGACUGCCAAUGAUGCGGCAGUGAACAGCGCUCUGAUGCAGGCCGAUGCUGUGCGCAUGAUUGGCAUCCGAAAGAAGGCCGGAGAGCCACUGGGCGUGACAUUUCGUGUGGAGAAAGAUGACCUUGUCAUCGCCAGAAUCCUUCACGGCGGCAUGAUCGACAGGCAGGGUCUGCUCCACGUGGGCGACAUCAUAAAGGAAGUGAACGGGAAGGACGUCGGCAACAAUCCCACAGAGCUGCAGGAGAUGCUCAAAGACUGCAGCGGCGGAAUCACACUGAAAAUACUCCCAAGCUACCGAGAUGCUCCUGCACCUCCACAGGUGUAUGUACGGCCAUACUUUGAUUACAACCCUGCAAAUGACAACCUGAUCCCAUGCCGAGAGGCGGGGAUGGCCUUUUCGAAAGGCGACAUCCUGCAGAUUGUCAACAGAGAGGAUCCCAACUGGUGGCAGGCGUGCCAUGUGGUUGGCGGGGCAACGGGACUGAUACCCAGUCAGUUCUUGGAAGAGAAGAGGAAAGCUUUUGUCCCUCGAGAUUUUGAUGGAUCAGGGAUCCUUUGUGGAACCAUAGCUGGAAAAAAGAAGAAGAAGAUGAUGUACCUGACAGCCAAAAAUGCAGAGUUUGACAGACAUGAGCUGCAGAUCUACGAGGAAGUGGCGAAGGUCCCAGCAUUCCAGAGAAAGACACUGGUUCUGAUUGGUGCUCAGGGCGUGGGGCGACGCAGCCUGAAGAACAGACUGAUGGUCCUCCAACCCACACGUUUUGGCACCACUAUACCAUACACUUCACGGCGGCCCCGUGAUGAUGAGCUGGACGGUAACUCCUACCACUUCACCACAAGGACAGAGAUGGAGGUGGACGUGAAGGCCGGACGGUUCCUGGAGCACGGCGAAUAUGACGGAAACCUGUACGGCACCAAGAUUGAGUCCAUCCACGAGGUGGUGGGCACAGGACGCACCUGCAUCCUGGAUGUCAACCCACAGGCUCUGAAGGUCCUGAAAACAGCAGAGUUCAUGCCUUACGUGGUGUUCAUCGCAGCGCCAGAUUUUGAUACUCUCAAGGCCAUGCACAAAGCUGUGGUGGACGCAGGCAUCACCACUAAGCAACUCACGGAUGUGGACCUGAGAAAGACGGUGGAUGAGAGCGCCCGGAUCCAGAGGGCUUACAGCCACUACUUUGACCUGACCAUCGUCAACGACAACCUGGACAAGGCCUUCGAGACGUUACAGGCCGCCGUGGACAAACUGUGCAGUGAACCGUGGGUCCCGGUGAACUGGGUGUACUGAGGAGCGGCUACACUGACCACUCUGAGCGGGUCACACCGACCCGCCAGCAUGUCUGUGACCACAAAGGCCAAAGAUGAGGAGCAGAGGGCAGAGAUACUUCUGCAAAAUAACCUAAAUAAUAAUAAUAAUUUAAAAAAAACUAUGCUCCUUCUCCUCUUGGGCCUGCACGCUGUGCAACUUUUUUUCUACUCGAAACU